GCGCCGUCUGGGGGAGGGGUGCAGGGCUGGGAGGAGAGCGGGGGCGCCCGGCGGCUCCGGGGAGCCCAGGGACAUGGCGCGGCCGGACGAUGAGGAGGGGACCGCGGUGGCGAACGGACACCCGCCCGCGAAUGGAUACCUCCUGGUCCCGGGGGACACGCCGGCCGGAAAGGUGAGCGCGGAGACGCAGAACGGGCCCACGGCCGGCUGCCUGGCCUUGAGCGGGGUUUCUCGGGACAGACCCAAGACCGCCGCCUCGGGAACCCCGGACGGGCCGAAGACUCCGCUGGCCCCGGAGGAGGAGACCCAGGCCCGGCUGCUGCCCAAGGACCCGGGCGAGGAGACCCCGGGGGGCGAGGGCACCCUGGUGCCCCGGAUCGCGCUCUCCCCGAGGCGCUUUGUCGUGCUCCUGAUUUUCAGCGCCUACUCCCUGGUGAACGCCUUCCAGUGGAUCCAGUACAGCAUCAUCAGCAACGUCUUCGAGGGCUUCUACAACGUCUCCUCGCUGCACAUCGACUGGCUGUCCAUGGUGUACAUGCUGGCCUACGUGCCCCUCAUCUUCCCGGCCACCUGGCUGCUGGAUACCAGAGGCCUGCGGCUCACCGCCCUACUGGGCUCCGGCCUCAACUGCCUGGGCGCCUGGAUCAAGUGCGGCAGCGUGCAGCAGCAUCUCUUCUGGGUCUCCAUGCUGGGCCAGUGCCUGUGCUCCGUGGCCCAGGUGUUCAUCCUCGGCUUGCCCUCCCACAUCGCUUCAGUGUGGUUUGGGCCGAAGGAAGUGUCCACAGCUUGCGCCACCGCCGUGCUAGGGAAUCAGCUUGGAACUGCAGUUGGCUUUUUGCUGCCACCAGUUUUAGUGCCCAACACACAGAAUGACACGCAACUGCUGUCGUGUAAUAUCAGCACCAUGUUUUAUGGAACAUCAGCUGUCGCCACACUUUUAUUUAUUUUAACAGUAAUUGCAUUCAAAGAAAAACCGCAAUAUCCUCCAAGCCAGGCUCAAGCAGUUCUCCAAGAUAGUCCACCUGGAGAGUACUCCUAUGUGAAAUCAAUAAGGAACCUAUUUAAAAACAUUCCUUUUGUCCUUUUAUUGAUCAGUUAUGGUAUCAUGACUGGAGCAUUUUAUUCAGUCUCAACAUUAUUAAAUCAAAUGAUACUGACACAUUAUGAGGGCGAAGAAGUGAAUGCUGGAAGGAUUGGGCUAACACUAGUAUUAGCUGGAAUGGUGGGAUCUAUUCUUUGUGGCUUAUGGCUGGAUUAUACCAAAACAUACAAACACACUACUCUGACCGUUUACAUUCUGUCUUUUGUUGGAAUGGUUAUCUUUACUUUCACACUGGACCUUGGACACAUUAUCAUCGUGUUUGUCACUGGAGGGUUGCUUGGUUUCUUCAUGACUGGUUACCUCCCCUUGGGUUUCGAAUUUGCUGUUGAAAUCACUUACCCUGAGUCUGAAGGGACUUCAUCAGGUCUUCUCAAUGCUGCCGCACAGAUAUUUGGAAUCUUAUUCACGUUGGCUCAAGGAAAGCUUACAUCAGUAUAUGGUCCUAGAACAGGGAACAUUUUCCUCUGUGUUUGGAUGUUUGUAGGCAUCAUUUUAACAGCAUUAAUCAAGUCUGAUCUGAAAAGGCACAAUAUAAAUAAAGGAAUUACAAAUGGUGAUGUUAAAGCUGUACCAGUUGAUAGCCCCACAGAUCAAGAAUCAAAAACUAUCCUGAUGUCCAAACAGUCAGAGUCAGCAAUUUGACGUGAAGGAAAAGUUAACAUCAUGUGAUAACUGAGUAGUAAAGCCUGGUUUAUAGGUUAUGGAAAAUGGACACUUACUUGAAAAUUAUUAUGUGACUCCUAAAUGCAGUUACUGUUUUUAUUUAAUUAUUAAUUUAAAGUACUUUUGCUGACAUCAUUUUAACAUAGAAAAUAGAAGCUUAGGAGGCUUUCUAAAAUGAUAAUAUGGAGGUCCACACCCUUCAAAUUGCAUAGGAGUACAUGCAAUUUGUUUAUAUAAAUAUGCUAUCUAGUGGAACCAAGUGAACAGUAUAUUCCUAAUUAUCUCCCUUUCCAUCCUUGAUAGCUCAUUUGGUAAAGAAUCUGCCUGCAAUGCGGGAGACCUGGGUUUGGCCCCUGGGUUGGGAAGAUCCCCUGGAGAAAGGAUAGGCUACCCACUCCAGUAUCCUUGGGCUUCCCUAUGGCUCAGCUGGUAAAGAAUCCGCCUGCAAUGCGGGAGACCUGGGUUUGAUCCCUGGGUUGGGAAGAUCCCCUGGAGAAGGGAAAGGCUACCCACUCCAGUACUCUGGCCUGGAGAAUUCCAUGGACCAUCCAUGGAGUCGCUAAGAGUCAGACACGACUGAGCGACUUUCACUUCACUUCACUUGGCAUUGUUCAUACCAACUGUCUAAGCCCCUCAGUGUGAAAACAGUAUACCAAUGCGAUACUUUUAACCCACCAAAUGACAUUGUUGGGAUGAGACUCUCAGGUGACCUCUAUGAGUUUCCCCAUUUCUUACCAUUCUCAUUAGAAACUGCUUUGUAACAGGUACUGUCUGUGGUCAACUGUCAGUGUGUAGACGGAACUCAUAACUUUGGUCUUAGGCUUAUGUUCUCAUUAAGCAAAGAAGCCCAGACACACACUCGUCGCCCUGAGUUCGUCUCUGUGCUGCCUUCCCAGUCAUUGUAAGAAAGCUAACACUAUAUUUACUAUAUUUUUUUCACACCAACUUGAAAUUGAGUAGUUUUGUAUGCAUCAUCUUUUUUACUUCCCGCCCCCUUCAGUAUGUAACUUUCUUGUAAAAACAUUUCACCCUGUGUUUCCCGGACUUUCUCAUGGUUUCUUGUAUCAUACCUUAUACUUUGGCCUUGACGAUUCCUGAGAUAAGGAAAUCUCUAAUAACUUCAGGGAGACCGGGUGUUCCCAAUUAGGGGAGACCUCUUGAAAUGCUGUUUGUGGUGAUUCUACAUCGUUUCUUCAGACCACUCUCCUCCCCCGAGACCUGUGCCCACGAGUGGCGCCCUCUGUGCGCUGGGCUCGGGGACUCCUUUCUUCACCACGGAGUGCGCAUAGGCUCCGACCUGCUGGAACAGCCUGCUGUUUUCCGUGCUCAGGGUAAGGAGAACAGGACCAGAUGUGUUUCCACAGUGCCUACCACUGCACCUCGUUUACAGGGAGAAUCUCAGUGUUCACAUCCUGGCUCUCUAAGCUGAGAGGGAACAUCUUUAGAGUAAUGACAUUGAAACAGCCAUAAUAUUUGUGUUAUGUCCACAUAAACACAAAAAGCCAAUCAGGUAUUCCCUUGAAUGCCCUUGAAGUGAAUUAGCAAUUCUGAUCUGGGCGCGCUAUGUGCAUUGCUUAAUAUUAAAAUUAUAGCAGUCUCCGUAACCAAACGACUGUGAAUUAUGUGGAAUCGUACCCUGGAGAACGUGUUACCAGAAGAACUUAGCUGGGAAUCAGGAACUUCAGGUCUGAGUCCUGGUGGAUCUGUUUCUAGCUUCUCUGUAAAUCUCCAGGCAGCAUUUUCCUCAUCUGUAUAUAAUGAAUGUAAAAUCUGAUCUCAAAGAUCAUUUUUUGAAUCUUAAAUGCACUCAUCAGGGGAUAGACCAAAUCAUUGUACCAUAGGAACUUAAAUCUAGCUGGAGGAAAAUUCCCUGGACAAUUGAAUAAACAACUGUGGUUGUUACCUUGUAGAUACAGGGAAUUUAAAGUCUGUUUUCAGCCUUUUUGUUCAGUUGGUGUUAGCUCAGGCAGAUGAUGCUGUAUCAUUAACUUCCUUAGAUAGUCACAUCACAGAUUUUAUGGCCAAAAAUAUAUUUUAAGGUCCCUCCUUUAAAUGAUUGUUUCUAUUUUUAAACUGUCAAUGUUUCAAAUAAUCAUGUCCUUGUCAAGUUCCUGAGGUUUUGAACAAAUUACAGAUAAAAGUUGGAAUGUUUUAUUCCUGAAAAGCAUAUAUACAUAUAUGUCAUGUGUAUUUGUCCUAGUUGAUUAGAAAAAGAAUGAAAUAUUAUGUUGUAGAACACAAAAUGAAUUGAUAAGUUUUUUGUAUUUUUAGUUAAAUUUGUAAUGUGUCAAACAAGAAUAUCAUAUAAUUCUAUGUUGUAUCUUUGAAAAAUGGAGUUGGGUAACUCACUUGUGUACAUUUUAGUUGAGUGAUUUGAGAAAGAAACUGGAUGUUUUCAAAGUAUUUUGAAAUGUUGCAAAUAUAGCUUUUGCCUUUUGUGAA